AAACCCAACCUCAGGGAGAGGGGAAAAAAACUAACAGAGAUCAAUGGAUCAGCAGCAAGAGCAGAGGGAGGGAAAAGGGGGAGACAGAGAGAGAGGAGAGGAGCUCCAGAAGCAGAGAGACUGGUGUGGGAGCCAGCAGAAGACAGAGCAGAGCUGAUGAUAGGCAGGGGGCGGCAGUGGAGCACCAGGCAGUGAUGACGGUGCUGCCCAAACUCUUUGGUAGCCUGCGUCCUCCUCUCCACCGCUGCCUGGGCUGGACAAGAGGUCUCCCGCAAGCAAGUGCUGAAGCUGCAGACCCUUCCCCACAGAGGUCCCUGCAGUCAGAUGGGGAGAUGCCAGGAGGCUGGAACACCUCUUCUGACAGCCUGGAGCUGCGAGCUGCAGGGAUUAUCGUGCCCAUCAUCUUCUCCCUCAUCUUCCUCCUGGGCACUGUGGGGAAUGGGCUGGUGCUGGCAGUGCUGCUGCGGAAUGGCCAAGUCAAGUACAACACCACCAACCUCUUCAUCCUUAACCUGGCCAUGGCCGACCUGUGCUUCAUCAUCUGCUGUGUCCCCUUCCAGGCCACCAUUUACACCCUGGAUGGGUGGCUCUUUGGGGCCUUUGCCUGCAAGGCCGUGCAUUUCCUGAUCUACCUCACCAUGUAUGCCAGCAGCUUUACCCUGGCCGCCGUCUCUGUUGACAGGUACCUGGCCAUUCGCUAUCCGCUGAAGUCCCGGGAUCUUCGCACCUCCCGAAAUGCAGGAGUGGCCAUUGCAGCCAUCUGGUUGCUGUCACUGCUCUUCGCAGGGCCUUACCUCAGUUACUACCAGAUUGUCCAUUACCAUGGGGUGCCCAUCUGCAUCCCCAUCUGGGAGGACCAGCGCCGAAAGAUUCUGGACAUCCUCACAUUUGUCUUUGGAUACCUUCUGCCCGUGACCGUGGUGAGCCUGGCAUAUGCCAGGACCAUCAAGUUCCUGUGGACCUCUGUAGACCCCAUAGAAAGGAUUUCAGAGUCCCGGAAGGCCAAGUGUAAGGUCACCAAGAUGAUUGUGGCUGUGGCCAUCCUGUUCUGCCUCUGCUGGCUGCCUCACCACCUGGUCAUCCUGUGCUUCUGGUUCGGCCACUUUCCUUUCAACCGAGCCACUUAUGCCUGUCGCCUGGCUUCCCACUGCCUUUCGUAUGCAAAUUCAUGCCUCAAUCCAAUCGUCUACGCCCUCAUCUCCAAGCAUUUUCGCAAGCGUUUCAAGCAGGUCUUCACCUGCCUCUUCUUCCAGAACAAGACCAGGAAGAAGAAGAGAGUUGGAAAGAAAGUCCACGUGGUCGACAUGGGCAAAGGUUUCACCAACAGUACCAGAGGUUUCUAUGGAGGCAACACUGAGGUUACCCAGGUCCCAGAGAAGAACACCAGGAAGAGGGACCCUGAAGGUGUCAGUCAUAUUGCUAGAGCAUCAACUCACGCACUGCAAGAUGCCAUGGUCUCUGUUCCAAAGCAGCUGCUGGAGGAGGAAGGUUUGGCAACAACUGGCCAUCCUCUAGCUGUGACCCCUCCAAGAGGAACUCAGGAGUCUCUGACUGUCCAUUACAGAUAAGCAAAGUAAAGAAGCCUGUUUUCCAGCCUGUGAGUAACUACUCUGUUCCCAAGCGGGCAGAAUAACAUGGGGCAAAGGGGAAUGGAUGCAGCAGAGCCACUGAAAGCUCCUGUGGCAAUGGUUAACCCAUUGUCCCCACUCACCUGUCCUCACUGGCCCACAGCAUUCAUCUAGGAAAGCCACAGUCCACCCAUACUGAUGCAGAGCGGAGAGACAUUAAUGUAACAUCAAGUGACCUGGGUGACAUUCCUGCAACAGGUUUUAAGGCUUCCAUUUCCCACCUUCCUAACUUGCUAAUUUUGUGAAGCACCUUGAAACUCCAGGAGGGAGUCAACCAAAAUGAAGGCAUCCUGGUAGGAAAUCCAGGCUAUUAAUGGCACAUCAGAACACCUCCUCUUUGAUCUUGGCUUGCUACUCAGAGUUUUAUCGCUUCCAUCUGGGGCUGAAGGACCUCUUGCUCUCUGAGCAGUGACAUUAUUCAUUUAUAUUAACCCCAUGUGUGUGGUUUACUGACUUGGCCAGCUUUUUCCAUGUGAUGGUGAUGAUUGUGAAUGAAUUAAUGACUGUCACCAAAGCAGAAGAAAGUGGUUAGCCUGCAAAAUGAGCUGUGGAGCCAGGUGACAGUUGUGGUGAGGCGAAGAAAGAAAUGGACCUGUAUGCACAUAGUUCAAUCCCAUCUCCUCAGUGCCUCUUUCUACCUGAUGAAAAGGGAGAGUGUGAGGCUAACACUGUUCAGCAGGUUGGGACAUCUUCCAAGAUGGUCACUGCUAUGGCAUUGCUGUGGGACCCAUGGGACCAAAACUUACCCUUGCUCUGUUCCCUGCUGCCCUGAGCAUCCAUGGAGGAGCCUUUUGCUGUAGUAGCAGCUCAAUGACACUUCGCAGCAGGGCCAAGCAUCCCCCUGGCCUGACCACAGGAAGGAUGCGAAGUGCCGUGAGGAUAGCAUGGUGGGACAAAAAUCACAUUCACUAGCAUGUCCUUGGAUUUUUCCCCUGCUUAACCUGAAUAAAGCCCAGUGAUUUCCUUUG